AUGGCUCCCUAUGUCAUUGGAGACGGAACUUGUGUUUCUGAGGACUUUCUGGUUAAGGUCUCCAACAACCAAGCACCGGUCAAGGUUCAGUGCCGCUGGAGGCUCAGCGACUUGCCAGGAAAAGCGUACGCAGUGCGAUACUUCUACGUCCUUGAUCUGCUACUGAAGGUCCUGCCUAUCUCCAAGGAAAAUGGAGAGGAUGAAUCUCUUCUAGCGGAUGCCACGGGCUCUGCGCUGGAGACUCUCGUUCGCAAAAUCAGUAUAGACCAAACUGUGCGUCGAACAGAGAUCGCAGUAAAGGUAAUCCUCGCCCCAGUGGACGGAUACCUGUGUCGAAGCGACAUUCUCGAUGUGCGGAUGCGCCACUCCGAGUUCGUAGACACCGUCAUCUCCUUCGGUACCUGGGAUAAACGCCUUCCCACUUUCUCCAGACAUGACAAGCAUUCUCUGCUGCCGUUGCUGCUGUCUUCCCCAGGCGCAAUCAUCCCAAGGGAAACGCCGGAGUCCGGCACCGACAAUUGGGCGCUUCUGCACAAAGAUAUGGAGACACGAUUGUCUUUCAACUGGAUUCUUCCCCGGAAGCCAGCUUCCUAUAAGGUAGCUCUUGUCGCCGGUCGACACAGAUAUGAGGGCGGCACAUACCGUGCCGAGGGAUUCCUCGACGCCGCUCGGGCCCUGGGAAUUGCCAUAACCAUCCUCGAUGAACCGGGCCACUGGCUCGAGGGCGAAAAAUACGCCCAUCUCCGUGACGACUUCGUGGCCGUUAAUCUAUCCUUCAACGACGGGCUCGUGCGGCGCAUCACAGAUGCCGUCAAAGGUCGGGACAUCGAUGGCAUCAUCACUUUCACCGAUGAAUAUGUCCUCACUACUGGCGAAGCAGCUGAGGUCUUAGGCUUACCUGCGGAACCGCUCCAUGCGAUGCAGCAAGGGCUGCACAAAGACGAGUUACGCAAAGUCGUCAACAACACCAAUAUUCAAGCGUUUUUACUCCAGCACGCAGCGCAACUGGAUGGCCUAGCCUUCGCCAACAACCUCGCUGCUCUCCAAUACCCACUCAUCGUCAAGCCAGCCUACGGGCGAGCCUCAGCGGGGGUGAAGAAAGUGACGGACGAGAGUAGCCUGCGCGAAGCAGUCCGCUUGCUAACAGCCGAUGGCCUUGACGAGGAGGGAAUUCUGUUGGAGACAUUCGUCGACGGCCCUGAGCUCGACUGCAACUUCGUCCUCUGUGACGGCGAGGUCCUCUUCCUAGAGCUCACGGACGAUUUGCCUUCCGCAGGCGACGCAAACGACGCAACUCUGGCGGACAACUUCUUUGAGACAGCCAUGAUCUCCAACAGCGGGCUUCCUGCCUCGGAGCAGCAGGCUGUGCGCGACUCGUUGCAGCGCAGCCUCCGGAAGCUCGGUCUCGGCUAG